AUGUCUCAGGAAACUAUGGAGGAACUACCCUAUAUUGAGUCAGAAAGCCCUCCAGGGAAUGUUGGUGUUGUCAGCAGUGGGUCAGGUCGUUCACAGUCCAAGAAACGGAGGAUUGCAGGGGCAUGCGACCUGUGCAAGCGUAAGAAGAUUCGUUGCAAUAGCAGCAAGAUGCCUGAUAACAGAUGCACGAACUGUGUACAGUAUGGCGUAGAAUGUACGCAUAAAGAGGUCGGAAAGACGUUGGGUUCGGCGAAAAGCUAUGUCGAGAGUCUUGAGGCGCGGUUGGAAAAGAUGGAUCGUUUAUUGAACAAGCUUGUCCCAGGCAUCAAUGUCAAUCAAGAAGUUGAUAGACUAGAAGCAGAGGAAGAGGAUGACCCGCAGACUUUAUCACGAAAUGAUGACGACCAUUUGGAGAGGAUGCUAUCCACCGAUUUGAGCAAAUUAAAGCUGAGCGCGCCGCUCAAUCGCUUCUUCGGCCAGUCGAGCUCGGUUCAAUUGAUCCUCACCGCUUUGGACCUUAAGAAGGAAUACACAGGCAAAGAGGUCGACCUACCCAAGUAUGACCAUUUCAGACGAGAUGAAUUCUGGGCCAUUCCGCCGUGGUUGUCCAAUAACCCUGAAUGUUGCAUCGACCUACCGGCGUACACCUACCCACCGCAGGACCUCAUGCCCUCCCUGAUCGAUGCGUACUUUGAACAAAUCAACUACUUCCUGCCACUGCUCCAUCGUCCCACAUUCGAGCGUGGCAUCCGAGAGGACUUGCACAUCUCUGAUCCCAUGUUUGGUGCCACGUUGCUACAGGUCUGCGCUCUCGGAGCGCGUUACUCAAACGAUCCUAGGGUAUUGGUAGAUGGGUCAGCCGAGCCGCGGAGUGCGGGAUGGAGAUGGCAUGAGCAAGUUUCCCCUAUGCGCAAGUCGCUGUUCAAGAAGACCACCCUGUACGAACUGCAAAUGCUCACGCUGUACGUUCUGUUUGCGAGUUCGAGCGAGAUGCCGCAGGGAAUCUGGGCCGUACUGGGAUUCGCGCUACGGCUGGCCCAGGAGGUGGGUGCACACAGGAAGAAGAACAUUCGGGGGACCCCCAGCGCAGAGGACGAGCUUUGGAAGCGAGCGUUUUGGAUUAUACUCAGCUUGGACAGACACCUCAGUUCGGAGUCUGGGAGACCGUGUGGGUUGCAGGAUGAAGACUUUGACGUCGGACCUCCUCUUGACUGCGAUGACGAGUUCUGGGAAACUGGAUUCCAUCAACCCCCAGGGAAACCAUCCACUGUCGCCUUCUUCAAUACCUACCUACGCCUGACCGACAUUCUGGCCUCUGCAAUGCGACUUGUAUAUUCGAUUAAACGGGUCAAAAGCGCACCUGACAAUGUCCCGCUGCGCUCCCAGCAGCAGAUAAUCGCGGAGCUUGAUUCCGCACUGAACAACUGGAUGGAUUCUGUACCUGCUCAUCUGAAAUGGAACCCAGCGUGCGGCAAUCGCCUUUUCCUGAAGCAGUCCGCCACCCUACACGCCACAUAUUACUCUGUGCAAGUGCUCAUUCAUCGGCCGUUCAUACCCUCUCCGCGAAAUCCCCUCCAGACUUCUUUCCCUUCUUUGGCCAUAUGCACCAAUGCAGCACGGUCUUGCUGUCAUGUCCUCGAGGCAUUUUCGAGGUUAAGCGUGCUGCCUUUAGCGCAUCUUCAGAAAAUUGUGUUUUCGGCGGCGGUUAUUUUGUUACUGAAUAUUUGGAGCGGGAAGCGCUCUGGAUAUGCGCCGAACCCGAAGAGGGAGAUGGAAGAUGUCCAGCGGUGUAUACAGAUCUUGGAAGCGUGUGAGGGGCGUUGGGCGCUUGCUGGGCGACUCAGGGAUAUCCUAUCCGCAUUGGCAUAUGCCGGCGAUGUACCUGUAUCAGAUCCUCCUGCGACAUGUCGCCCGUCGACUUCACGGAGCAAGCGGCCUCGAGAAGCGGAGGACUCGACCCUUACCUCGACAACACUCUCCAGCUCCAGCUCCACAUCUGCUUCUCCAUCACCUGCAUCUCCACCAGAUGAAGUGCGCAGCAUUGCAGGAGUGCGGCGCGUGUCAAAGACUACGACUGCUCCUCCGGAGAGUCAAGUUGUACCGACCACACCAAACUUCGCGUUGCCGAUGUACAGCAAUGAAUUGGCCCGGUUACCGAUAUAUGGGCAGUUUAAUUUCAUGGAUUCGAUGCCAUCGACCGUCACGGAGCCUAACACUGUGCCAACUUUUCCCGCUCCUUCCAUGUCAAGUAUGCCGACUUCAAUGGAAGGAAGACCACCGUCCUUCAUACUCGAUCCGUCCAUCUUCCCUCCCACUGCCCCAUCGAAUAUGGCAGGGACUGUGUCAUCUUGUACUAGAAUGGCCCCUUAUGCGCUGGAUGCGUUCUUUCGUCAACAACAGUCAGUCGGUAAUGGGGAACCUGCCGACAGCUUAAACUAUACCACAAAUUUCCCGACCAAUCCUACUGCUUUUCCAACCGUAACUUCGGCGGAUCUCGAAUCAUACAUGGCCAGACCUGGCUCUGGAUGCCCCUUCGGGAGCGCGCCUAUGGACUUGUCUUCCGUGACGAUGCCAGAAUUGGAUCAGGAUAUUAUAGCUAUGUGGUCUACUGCGCCAACAACCCUGGAAUUGGAUGAUUGGAGCUCCUACAUAUCUAGCGUUGGACAGAUGACACAGUCAACAUCCCAGAGCCAUCAGAAUGUGUGA